GUUCCACCAUGAGUCGUACGAUUGCCACAGACACCGCCUCUGCUAUUUGCUCCAAAGCUGCAUGUAGUUGCAGGGGCUCUGAUGCUUGUUUUCUCCCUCAUGGAAGCAAUCUUUGAAUGUCACGGUGAUGUUAUGACGUUCACCAAGCUCUCCUAGUAACAGUUGACUAUGAAUUAUUAUUUUUUGAAUCGCACCAUCAACACGACUUAGCCUCGACUUCAUUUGCCGGAUGCCGACAACCUGCAGGCGAAUGACAUUUGUCGAGUCAGUAUUCAACCGAUUGGCAGGCGUCUGAAGUAUGUACAAAGGAACGUGGUCAACGUUCGCACCGUUUUAAAAGAAAUGCGGUCAAACGUCACGGCACCCUAGUGCCAUCUUGAACAUUCCUGGAAUCCAAAUUGUGAUGGAGUCGGACACAAGAAACAAAGAUAUCAACAUCGUACUCUUUGGGCCGGGAGGAGCAGGCAAAAGCUCACUCGUCAAUCUCAUGGCGGGAGAGUACGUAGCAGAAACGUCCGAUGACGUGAAACCCUGCACGCUGAAGUGGGAAGAGCAUCACGUCAAAAUCGCUGAUGACUCUUAUAAUAUAUUCGAUACUAUUAGAGUCGCGGCACCACAACUGGGAAUCCCACAGUACCUCGAUGCUGUCGAGAAUGCCCAUGGCCUCAUCCAGAAAUUGGAGAAAAAAGGCGGCAUUGAUCUACUUAUGUUCUGCAUGCGCGCAGGCCCACCCACCGAUGCGCUUCUGAGUAAUUACCGGCUCUUUAACGAAUUUCUUUGUGAAAAGAAGGUCCCCAUCGUUAUAGUGAUCACAUGGCUCGAAGACGAAGUCGGGGAAAUGGAUGCCUGGUGGACGAGAAACAAAUUUUUCUUUCAUGACAAGGAGUUCCAUGUCGAUGGUCAUGCGUGCAUCACCGCCAUACGAGGCAAUUGUCCAGAACGGCACGAGCAAUCGCGUACCACGAUCUACAAACUUGUCAAGGAGUUCACUGCUGACGGGCAGAAGCGAACAUGGAAAGGAGGAGACAAUAUUCUCGUGCUGUUGAUGCAAAAGCUGAGGGAGCUACUUUCAGGGAAAUCACGUUCGAAGGAUAUUGUGCCUCGCCUCAUCAAGAAGUGUGGUUUGUCUCCAGACGUCGCAAAGCAUAGAAAUAAAAAUAUCAACAUUGUACUCUUUGGGCAGGGAGGAGCAGGCAAAAGCUCACUCGUCAAUCUCAUGGCGGGAGAGUAUGUAGCAAAGACAUCCAGUGACGUGACACGCUGCACGUUGAAGUGGGAGGAAUAUCCCGUCAAAUUCGAUGGCGCCUCUUACAAUAUAUUCGAUACUGUCGGACUCGAGGAACCACAGCUGGGAAUCCCACAGUACCUUGAUGCUGUCGAGAAUACCCAUACCCUCAUCCAAAAAUUAGAGAGACAAGGUGGCAUUGAUCUACUUAUAUUCUGUAUGCGCGCAGGCCGACUCACCGCUACGAUUCAAAGCAAUUACCGGCUCUUUAACGAAUUCCUCUGUGAAAAGAAGGUCCCCAUCGUUAUGGUGAUCACAUACCUCGAAAACGAAGUCGGGGAAAUGGAUGCCUGGUGGAAGAGAAACCAAGAAACUCUCCGUCACCAGGAGUUCCAUGUCGAUGGACAUGCGUGCAUCACCGCCAUUCGAGGCAAUUUUCCAGAACGGCAUGAGCAAUCGGGCAACAUAGUCCGCAAACUUGUCAAGGAGGUCACUGCUGGCGGGCAGAAACGAGCACGGAAACCGGGAGGAGACGAGCUGUUCAUGUCGUUGAUGCAGAAGCUGAGGGGGCUACUUUUAGGGAAACCACGUUCGAAGAAGGAUAAGAUUGUCCCUCGCCUCAUCAAGAGGUGCGGUUUGUCUCCGGACGUCGCAAAGCAGUUGGCUGAUAGAAUCAAGAAAGACAUGGUAGUAGAAGGAGCUAUUUGA